AGUAUGUUGACGGCAACGUGCAGAUAUGACUUGUAGCAUGUGAACGAGCGUCGACUGCUGCUAGCACACGCAGAUGAAUAGACAGCAGCAACCUCACAUAGUGCCCGUAGGGGACAGAGGGCAGCUACUACCACCACCAGAACAGGAGUUAGCUACUAAAGUUCUUCAGAUACAAUCCAAAAGGUUUUAUCUUGAUGUGAAAGAAAAUAGACGGGGGCGGUUUAUUAAAGUAGCAGAGGUGGGUCCAGCUGGAAGAAAAAGUCGAUUAUUACUAGCCAUGUCCUCAGCUUUAGAGUUAAGAGACCAUCUUACAGCAUUUAGUGAAAUCUAUGCAUCUCUAGGUCCACCUAAUCCUGAGAACUUACCUGAAGAUGGAAAGUUAAAAAGUGAAUUAAUGGUUAAGGAAAAUAGACGAUACUACCUUGACUUAAAAGAAAAUUCACGAGGGAGGUUCUUAAGAAUUUCUCAGACAAUUACACAAGGUGGACCACGGUCCCAGAUUGCUCUGCCAGCACAAGGAAUGAUAGAAUUUCGUGAUGCUCUCACUGACCUGUUAGAAGAAUUUGGCACAGAUGAUGAGACAUCAUUUGGGUUUAAAGGGGCCCUACCAGAAGCUCAUCACAUGAGAGUAGAGAACAAAAACUUCUAUUUUGAUGUCGGUCAAAACAGCAGAGGAAUUUAUAUGCGGAUAUCUGAGGUGAAAAGCAAUUUUAGAACUGCCAUCACCAUUCCAGAAAAAUCCUGGUCACGUUUUCGAGACAUAUUUACAGAAUAUGUUGACAAAAUGAAAGAUCUUACAGAGCCACCUAGUGAAGGUGGAAAAUAAGGUUGAUCAUGAAUGAAGCAGUGACUGUCUCCAGCCUGCAGAAAGUUUGUGCUCGGGUUGGUUGCUCAGACUGUCUUCUCAUACCGACCAUUGUCAAUGUGGGAUUCUUUGUUGUUACCUGUAAAUGUUAUGGGGAUGGAAGCGAUAUGGUGUCACUAGUUUUUCAGAAAGAAACUGUUGACAUCAUCAGUUUGCUACCAGAUGCAGCUCCAUUUCACUGUAGGAUAUGGCUAGUUGGCCUUGCUUUUGCAAUAGUGUGCAGAUUGUCUUCUAUUUGUUGUGUAGGCCGAGAUGAAGUUCUUUAUUACCUUGUUACAACCAAGAUGAGGAGAAAUUUACUGGUGCAUAGAACCCGGUGAAAGGUGUACAGUUGACUGAAGAAUAAACUGUUGAUGUUAAUGUUAUGAUUGUUUUGUAUAAACUUCAUGCAAGUCAUCUUCCACCCCAGUUUUUAAUCCUCCAAAAAGCACUGCAGAUGUAGUGCAAAUUUCUCAAUAAAAGGUUUUGUUGGGA